AUGCUGGAGAACAUGUCCAGACGCAACCGCUCCCUGCUGUCACUUUCCCUCACCUCACUGGCCCUCACCCUGUCCGUCUCGGCUUUUUGCACCUCCUAUUGGUGCGAGGGGACGCACAAGGUGGUGAAGCCUCUCUGCCUGUCACCUGUCAAGUUGAAGAACUGUGGGCAGAACAACAGCCAGCCCUACACCACAGAGACCCCCACCCCGGACCCGAGAUACCCGCCCUCCAACGUGACGCUGACUCCGCUGCAGAAGGAGGAGCUGGCAAGAAUAAGGAAAAAGCAGAUGGCCAACGCCGUCCACUACAUCUGGGAGACGGGGGAGGACAAGUACAUGCUGCGCUACUUCCACACCGGCUUCUGGCUCUCCUGUGAGAAGCACAAUGAAGGUGAGGAUCAGGAAGAAAAGUGUCGCAGCUUCAUUGAGCUGACGCCAGGAGAGACACAAGGUGUCCUCUGGCUUUCAGUCAUCAGUGAAUUCAUGUACAUUGGUCUUCUGGCCAUGGGCUUCCUACUGAUGUGUGUGGAAGUGAUUUGCCUCUGUGCCAAGAGGGAGAUGAACGCCCUCAAGAUCAACGCCUUUGCCGCCAUGUGCACUGUCCUCUCAGGUUUGAUGGGGAUGGUUGCACACAUGAUGUACACCACAGUUUUUCAGAUGACCGUGAGCAUUGGGCCUAAAGACUGGAGACCACAGACCUGGGACUACUCAUGGUCUUUUGCCAUGGCGUGGCUGUCGUUCAGCUGCUGCAUGGCGGCUGCCGUGGCCACGCUCAACUCUUACACCAAGACCCUCAUCGAGAUGAAGCACCGCGCUCGGGUGCGAUUAGAGGAGGCUCAUGCCGCUGUCUGCGCCCCCUCCUAUGAGGAGGUUGUUCGAGCUGGUGGUGGAGGUGUUUACUCUGUCAGUCAGCUGAUUCAGCUCGGCCAGCAGGGGGCACUCAUGGACCCUCUGUGGCCCAGAGGAGUGGGACCGGCUGUCGGUGCUCUGACAAGGCAGGUGGACCCUCAUGGUGUGGUGGUGGAGGGAUGCAGCAUUGAAGGAUGUGAAGACUGUGAACGGGAGAUGGACGAGAUAGAUUACGUUCUGCAGGAUGAGAGAGAUGACUCACUCUGCUAAGACUAUGGGGGACAGAGGACAAUAUCUUGUCAGGAUUGGCUUUACAAAUUGAAGUCUUGAAACUACAUUCCAAGACCACAAGACUUGAAGCACAUACCUUCAAAAACAUUUAGUAUUCUUUUGUAUAUAUGCCAUUUUCAAAUUAUACUUGUAACAUUUCUAGACUGUUUUGGCGUUACACAACUGAUCAUUACAAGCUGUGACACUUCAUUUAUUGACCACUAGGGGACAAAAAAGACUCAAAACUAAUUCACAGACACACAGCUUCAAUGCACAGGUGGUUUAUCAAGUUGUUACACCUAAAAUGUUAGCAGAAAAUUGCUUAAUUACAUAUCCAGCAUUAUCCAACAUUAUCAUCCCAUUUCAUUCUUAACAAACCUCUGCUUUUAUUAGGAAGG